GAAGUUAAAAAUUAAAAACAAAAACAAGUAAUUAAAGUAUGUAAUUAUAAAUUAAAUGGCUCGACCCACGAGGGAAAGACUCCUUUUCUGAUCGGGGUGGCCGGCGGCACGGCCAGUGGAAAGUCGACUGUGUGUAAACGGAUAAUGGAACAGUUGGGACAAGCUGAUAUGGAUCAUACCAAACGACAGGUUUGUGUUUGCAUAAGCCAAGAUUGUUUUUAUCGAGAACUGACACCAGCUGAGAAAGUAAAGGCUGACAAAGGUCUCUUUAAUUUUGACCAUCCAACUGCAUUUAACGAAGAACUGAUGUUGAAUACGCUGAAAGGUGUAUUGGCCGGACAGAGAUGUAAUUUGCCGGCAUAUGAUUAUAAAACAAACUCCUUAUGUCCUGAGCGGAUGGUUACGAUUUAUCCGGCUGAUGUAAUACUAUUUGAGGGAAUAUUAGUAUUUUAUUUUCCGGCAAUAAGGGAUUUGUUCCACAUGAAAUUGUUUGUGGAUACUGAUUCUGAUACACGUUUGGCCAGAAGAGUUCCCAGAGAUAUAAAUGAAAGAGGACGAGACUUGGAUCAAGUUCUCAAUCAAUAUAUGAAUUUUGUGAAACCUGCAUUUGAGGAAUUUUGCUCACCGACUAAGAAAUUUGCUGAUGUCAUAAUUCCUCGAGGAGCUGACAAUACCGUGGCCAUUGAGCUAAUUGUGCACCACAUUCAGGAUCUUUUGCUUCCGUCCAGGCCAAUGAAUGGAAUCGGCAACGGCACACACUCUUCUUCCGAUAGCUCGUAA